AUGUCAAUUACCGACUCAUUCAAGCUGAACGACGGCCACUCUAUUCCUGCUCUAGGACUAGGAACUGCGUCCGAUGGCAACGUUGAAGAGGUCGUUUAUGCUGCUAUCAAAAACGGCUACAGACACAUUGAUACCGCUUUCAUCUAUGGAUCUGAAGUGGAUGUGGGUAAGGGGAUCAAGAGGGCAAUUGACGAAGAACUAGUCAAACGCGAGAACCUGUUUGUCACCACCAAAGUCUGGCCCACUUUCUACAACCGAGUCAGUGAGUCUCUGGAUAUUUCUUUGAAGGACCUGAGUCUUGACUAUGUUGAUCUUCUACUUGUUCACUGGCCUGUGUCUCUUUUGGCGGACUCGGACGACCCCCGUGCUAUCUAUCUUGUGAAUACAGAUGGAUCUGUGAGGUAUAGUGACUCUUUGGACGACUGGAUCACGACAUACAAGCAGAUUGAGGAGGAGAAACUAUCUGGCCGAACCAAGUCUAUUGGCGUCUCCAACGUCAGUGAAGUGUAUCUCAAGCGACUUCUUGAUCAAGUGAAAACCGUCCCUGCCGUCAACCAGUUCGAGAUCCACCCCUACUUACCCCAAAAGAAAGAAAUCGAAUUCAAUGAAAAGCAUGGCAUUCUUGUUACAGCCUUUUCUCCUCUGGGAUCUUCCACCGGUGCUCUCAAACUACAUGAGAACCCCAUCGCUGUGGAAAUCGCUCAGAAGCACAAUACCUCUACUGGCUCGGUACUCAUCAACUGGCACGUGUCUCAGAAGCGGGCAGUUCUCCCCAAGACUCGAUCCAUUGAACGUGUUGUAGCCAACGGUAUGAAAGUACCUCUCGACCAAGGUGACCUUGAUAAACUGGACAAGAUCUGGCUGCAGACGGGUACCCAGAGAGCUAUUGGACUCAGGUGGCUAGACAAGAACGGAGAUUAUCUGGGGUUUUCUGAAGAUGAUAUUGAACACAAGCACAUUUGGGCUAAGGACUGA